AUGAAACAGUCACAAUCUCACGUAUUUGGAGUGGUCAAACUGUCUAUUUACGUGAAGGGAUCAAGCGUUGGAUGGCAGCUAGCAUGCCUUUCUUCUCCUUGUUUAAACGGAGGAAGCUGCAGCGAGAGUCCGGACGGAUUUUCGUGCGACUGUGAGGAGAACUACGAAGGAAAGAUUUGUCAAAUAACAAGAUCAAUGUGCUAUUUGAAUCCUUGUGCCUACGGAGGAACGUGCCAUGAUGACCUAACAAUAGGGUUCUACUGUAUCUGCGAUCCCUGCUUCUUUGGAGAAUUUUGCGAACAAGAUUUUGAUGUUUACUACGAUAAUUCGUUUCAACAACCUACACUGGAUAAUAUUCAGUAUAACAUAACGGUCCUUGACCGGUUCUAUCUUGGGAUACCUCAACUUGUCCUCUCGACCGACUGUGAACUUCGGCAAAGUGAAUUCAUCAUCACCAUGUGGAACAUCACCACGCCCAAAGGAAGCACCCUAUCGAUGACCAUCUACCAGUUUGACACGUUAGGCAAGCUUGGUGAUCAGGAUGGAAUCGAAAUUCUCACUGUGGCCACAUCUCCCUUACUCGACGAAAGCCAUUCAAAUGUGAAUGACAUUCGUGUUUUCCAUAAUCUUUCCAAACCGUACCAGGAAGUCGAUCUCUGGAUCCCAGGACCUAGGACUGACCCUACGCAGAAUAAAGUGCUGCUGUAUGCCCAAGGGAACCUCAGCAGCGUUCUCCCCUUCACUGUGAGGACGCUUUCUGGCGAGAUGCAUUGCCUCUUUUAUAGCACAUUACGAGUGUACGACAUUGAGCGGUACACAACUUUGAUGGCCAAGGUCUUGGCUGUCUAA